CCGGAACCCAAUCCUUGCCUUAGAGAGGGAUACAUACACGCAAGAGUUGGAAUAAAUCGCUGCUGGCAAGCGAUCGGCCACGCGAGGGACCUGUUUGAGGCAUUGUCAGCGAGGCUAUCUGUUGUUUUAGAUGACUGGGAGUUCCCGGACGAUGUCUUCCUGGCUUGGUCCAGUUUUAUGCUAGGCCCGUCUCCGGAGAGUGCGAUGCCAACCAUCAUUGUCUGCGGUGCUUCCCAGGCAGCCAGGGAGUCAUUAUGCGAAGCCAUCCAUGCCAGCGGCGUGCUUCCACAUCAUAUCCUCCUCGACCACCGACCUGUGGCCCCUGAUUUCAGCCGUGUUGAUCCAGUUCAAUAA